AGCUGUGUGGCUUUGGACCACGCGUGGCCCCAUGCGCCCGCGCCCGCCCAAACGAUCACCGUAUUUGAGCGUGCUUUCAGCACGGCAAAAUAUCGGUGGCCAUGUGUGAGGGCAAGUGCUGCAAUGAGUUGGGGUCUAGCAGUUACAUGCAGCUCUUCUACAUUGUAGCCUGCGCCAUCUAUGCCGUGGUGCUCUUGGCCUUCUUCAUCAUGGGCCUGGUCGAAGCGGAUCUGAAUCUGAACACGGCUCUGGUGGAAUACCUCCUCAACGUGGGAGCUGUGGUGGUCUUCGUUCUCAUCACCACCUCGCGAUGCUGCGCCCCUUGUUGCUGUCCAGAACAGAUGCCAGACGUACCCCGGCCUUGCCCCUGUGGACCCUGCUCUUCAACGAAUCUGGUUCUUCUGGACUAUCCUUUCUUGAUUGCCAUAGGAGGUCAGUUCACUGUGGAGUUUCUGGUGUCCUCCUUGAUCCAUUGGACCAUGGAUUUCGAGUACGAGGAUGGCGUUGAGAUCUUACAUAUGGCUCGCCUCAUCAAUGUUAUUUGGAUGGUCCUGGCCACCGUGGGCAUUUGUGCCGGCCUGCGGAGAUAUCAGCUCAUGCAGGCCCAGAUCGUGGCUCCAAUCACUCCCGCCCAUGGGGUCCACGCGGAUUUGCCGAUGGGCACAGUGGUGGGGCUGCCGGUGGUGGGCAAUCCCGUCUCACCCAGUGUCAAGGAGCCAUAGAUGCGAUAGGAGCCGACGCUUUCGAUUUCUUUGGAUGACUUGUCUUUCAAGGGCCCAUGGGAGCCAACAAAGAUCUAAUGCUCAAAUUGCACGCGCCAUUCUUUAAAGGAGCGGUGCAGUCUAUGCAUCUCCGGUUCCAUAUGAUUUGGCGUAUAUUUGAGCCCAGGAAUUAUGGACCCGGAAAGGCAUAGACAUUGUCCAGCAUUGACCUAUUAAAUUAGUCUGGGCCAAAUCCAUCCAAAUCCCAG